UUCUAUUUCUGAUAUGAAGUACAGUAACCGAAGAAUCGAGUUCCCUCUGCCACCAUUGUCACUUUUGUCCAUGAAACCUGGUGUUCAUACAAUCCCCCCAAAUCACAAUGAUCCAAAAGAGAGAGAAAGAAAUAUUCUGAACUUCAUAUCCUUUGUACCUAAGCUCUCAGAGCCCGGAAGUCGAUCUGAGGAGUUUAGACCAUCACACAAGCAGCAGGAAGCUCCGUUUAAGGUGUUUGUGGGUCAGACUCUCAGGUCCUCUGAUAGCUCCAUUUGGUCCAGAAACAUGUGCUCGUUUUGGAAGGCUAGCCAUCAGAGACAACACAUGGAGAUGGAGGAGAACAGGAAAUCCAAGGAAACAGAAGGAAGCGACAAAAUUGCAGUCUCUGACUUUGAAAAGGGACAAUCUUUGGGAUCCUCUGGAAAUUGUGAGGAGAGCAAUUUUCCUACAAAUCGGGAAGUGGAUCUUGACUGCAUUGGUCGUGAAAUUCGAAAAGCAGAAGAAGAGAAUUCUCAACAUCUUUCAUCAGGAAAGAAAGAGGGUUCAGUAGCCAGAAACUGUAAACAAGACUGUGAAGUUGGAUGUACCAUGCCAAUCAAGUUCCAAGAAGCCCAGCAUUCAGAAAUAAUUCUAAGGCAGGAUGAAGAGACUAGAAAUGAUCAGGCUGAUUCCAAAAGUUCUUCAGUACAGAAAGGUGAAGCAGUUGAGCCAAAUCAUAUUUUAGAAGAGUGUACGGUACUUAAAAGUUUGUCCAUUGUAGUCCCUGAUGGCUCUACUGAAGAGCUCCCACAAGGUCAUAGAGGCAUGGAGACAAACAUAAAAAUAUCAGGAGCAGAGGCCACCAAACCAGAAAUGAAUGCAAUGGUGCCUCUUAUCCACAUCACUUUCCCUGGACAUGGACCUCCCAAGGAACCGGCAAUAGCCAAACUGAGCCUCCAAAAAAGAAAGGGCACUCUUCAAAACAACAAUAGCUUCAACAUACUUGCACACCAAGAAAACGACGGGCAUAAGAUGAAAACCCACAGAAAUAAGUUGGAGUCAAAGACCAAGACCAGUAACAGGACACCCCAGAAUUUCAUGAUUUCCAUUGAGGGUUCCAUUAAGCCUACCAUGCAUAAAACCAGCAAAAAAACUCAAGUUUUCCCUGCUUUGGGGCUUGUUGACCCCAGACUUCGGCAGUCACCCAAGUUUCAAAGGAGAAUGCCACAGGUAGAAAAGAAGCAAUCAACUUACCGGGCUCUGAAACCUAAAAAGCAAUCUUUUCCUUGCAUCUGUAAGAAUCCAGGAAUGAAGAAGUCUCCUGUUCCUCUCUCUGCUCAACCAACAGAGCCAAGACUAAAUUAUUUAGAUCUUAAGUAUAGUGACAUGUUCAAAGAAAUCAAUUCAACUGCUAAUGGGCCUGGAAUCUAUGAAAUGUUUGGGACUCCUGUUUAUUGUCACACGAGAGAGGCUGAACAUCAGGAGCACAAAUAUUACCGAGAGAUAUGCUCAGCUCCGUCUGGCAGAUGUAUUACCAAUAAAUGUCGAUCGUCACACAGUGAGAGAAGCAGCAAUAGCAGAACAAGAUUUUCUCAGAAAAGACCACACAUUAAACCUGCAAAGCCUUCGCUUGGCAUUAAACAAAAGGGCAAAAGUUUAAUUUCUAAAGAAAAGGGUUACAAGGCCGUAGGUAGCAACUUACAAGACAUUGAAAAUGGUGAUGAUAUUUCAGAUCCAGAGUGGCAGAUAAAGUCUUCAGGAAAUGACUUUCUCUCUUCCAGUGAUGAAGGUCAGCCCAUGAACUUGGCUCUGCUUCAGAAGCAGUCCACUGCACAGAAUGGAUUCCUUUCUGUUACAGGUUUGUCCACUGUUGAAGAAGUCUCUGUGGAAGAGUCUGCUAAUGAAGGAGACAUUUCUAACAAUCAAAUACUUGCCACGAGCCUCAGAGAUCUGCAUAAACUUGAAGAACUACAUCACCAGACCCCAUUUGUUCUUUCAGAAAAUAGCUGGGCAGUGCCCAGUGAGAAGGGUUCCAAUAAGCAUGUACUGCAAGAAAAGCAGAAUACAGCAUCUCUUGGUAAAAUAAAUGCCAACCAAAUUUUGACUAACGAUAUAGGGUUCGAAAGUGUUUUAGAUAAGUCUGAAACACCUACGAGUUUCUCUUUCCAAGAGAAACAACAGAGUGCAUCUUCCCAAGCAUAUCAACAUUGGGCACAUUCUUUGGAUCAUGAUAGUUUAGCUAAUGAGUCAAUUACAUAUCACACAUUUGGACAAACUUUAAAUGAUGCAAAUUCAAUUUCGCAAGAAAUUCUAGAUUCUGUGAAGAAUGAAGAAUUGACAGAUGAACUAUUAGGAUGCCUAGCUGCAGAACUAUUAGCUCUUGAUGAGAGAGAUAACACCUCUUAUCAAAUAAUGGCAAAUGAAACAGAUCCUGAAAACCUAAAUCCUGUCUUCAGUAGGAGAGGAAAAACCACGCCAGAAUUGGGCGGAGAGACGACAAAUGUUAAAAUACAGAGGUGUAGUAGUGGGUUUAGGAUAUUCAACAAGGAGGAGAAAUUUCUCAACUCAAAUGAAAAGAAGACAUUUUCUGAAAAUAGUUCAAAGUAUGAAGAAUGUAUCCUGUGGACAAAGGGCGAGAUCCUUGGGAAGGGAGCCUAUGGUACAGUAUAUUGUGGUCUUACUAGCCAAGGACAGCUAAUAGCUGUAAAACAGGUGGCUUUGGAUACUUCUGAUAAAUUAGCUACCGAAAAAGAAUACCGGAAACUGCAGGAAGAAGUAGAUUUGCUCAAAGCACUGAAACAUGUCAACAUUGUGGCCUAUUUGGGGACAUGCUUGGAAGAGAAUAUUGUAAACAUUUUCAUGGAGUUUGUCCCUGGUGGCUCAAUCUCUAGUAUUAUAAACCGUUUUGGGCCAUUGCCUGAGAUGGUGUUCUGUAAAUAUACAAGACAAAUUCUGCAAGGUGUUGCUUAUCUCCAUGAGAACUGUGUGGUGCAUCGAGAUAUCAAAGGAAAUAAUGUCAUGCUUAUGCCAACCGGAAUAAUAAAGCUAAUUGACUUUGGCUGUGCCAAGCGUUUGGCCUGGGCUGGCUUAAAUGGCACCCACAGUGACAUGCUCAAGUCCAUGCAUGGGACUCCAUAUUGGAUGGCCCCGGAAGUCAUCAAUGAGUCUGGCUACGGAAGGAAGUCAGACAUCUGGAGCAUUGGCUGCACCGUGUUUGAGAUGGCCACAGGGAAGCCUCCACUGGCUUCAAUGGACAGGAUGGCAGCCAUGUUUUACAUUGGAGCACACCGAGGGCUGAUGCCUCCGUUACCAGAACACUUCUCGGAAAACGCAGUGGACUUUGUGCGCGUGUGCCUAACCAGGGACCAGCAUGAGCGACCUUCUGCCACCCAGCUCCUGAAGCACUCCUUCUUGAUAAGAAGUCACUGAAUGUACGUCCACUUUUCUCUCCAGUUCCUUUACAGGCACUGUGAUUGCUUCACUGUGGGAAUGAUGGUUAAGGGACCUUUGUUUUCCUACUACUGAGUCAACUCAACCCAAUUUAACCAGAUCCUGCAGUGUCGCUAACUAGUACGUUUGCUACGUAUUAGCCUCCUCAAGCUUCAGGCAUGGUUACACAUGUAUAUGAGAACAUUUUCUUCAACGUAACAACAAAAAACCUAUUCCAGUGUUUACAGCUUUGGACUGUCCAAGAAUUACAAUCUCUAUUCCUUUGUAGGAUUCUACCUUUUAGUUUUGGCCUAUCAAUUUUAAUGUCCUUAACUUAAAUUGUAAAAACAAAAAAAAUUGUUUUGGCUUGGUGGGUAAAGACAUUUAUUUCUGGGAAAGGAAAUGAAAGGAAGGUGAGAAAUUAAAAACUAGAGAGAUGCUAGAUUCUGUUUACUUUGGCAGCAAUCUUAACUUUGCAGACUACAGGAGCCUCAAAGUUAACAGGAAGAGCUAAGGGCCUUGGCAUUUCAUUAUCAGAGGGUCCCCUAAGUUUCCACCUACAAGAAGCUGUACUGUUCAAGGUGGCUCCAUACACCUCAGGCUGCUUUCCCUGUAAUUUAUAGUAUGACUUGAAGACUUCACUUAUUUGCAGGGUGCAUUAAGUCAUGGCACAUCUAGAACUAGCUAAACCUAAGCCUGCUAGUAGGACAAAAGCUAGAUCUGAUCAAGGGGAGUGGGUCAGCAUAUAAAUUUUUUCAGGGCUCAUUUCACCUGAAUGAAGGACAUCCCCAGUGAGGUCACUUUUUUUUUUAAGGAUUUAUUUAUUUGAGAGAA